AUGGCCGUAAUAAAGUGUGAAAUAUGCCACGAGAAUCAUUCUCAGUAUAAAUGUCCAAAAUGUUUUAAACGCUACUGUUCUUUAGCGUGUUUUAAUGAUUCUGUGAAGCAUGUACAUGAACAAACGCAAGAAGCUUCAGACACUAAGCCUAAAACUGAAGAAAGCCAGAAUAAUGAGAUCAAAUCACAAGAAGAACAUAAAGUACCGCCUGCUAUAGAAGAGAUUCUUCAAGGUAGCGAUAAAUUGCGGGAAUUGUUAAAGCAUAACACAGUGAAAUUCCAUUUACACAGGGUUUACCGGAUAUUAAAGACAGGCGAUGGUAUUGUGGGCAAUGGCGACCCUCAAAUGUCCACAGAAGCCAAGGAGCAGCUUGCAGUAGACUAUUUGAAUACCCUGCGCUACGGUGGGAUACAUUAUAACGAAGCUGUAGAAGAAUUCUGUGAAAUAAGCUUAAUGCUUUUACAGAGCAAUUCCCUGGAGACACCUAAGAAUUAA